AUGGCUACAAGGUUUGCUCGAACCGACACCAACCGGAGUUUAGAAACGCUGCUGGAUUUGGACAAAUCCAGCAAGAAGAUGGGUGGUCAGUUGCCAAACCAGAAACUAGAACCCGGCCACGGCCUGGAGUUCAACGACUUGUCGUAUAGUGUCAUGAAGAAACAGAAGAAAGAUGGAGUUUGGAUCACCAAAGAAACCUUUCUUUUGAAUCAGAUUUCUGGUCAAGCCAUGCGAGGUGAGAUUAUGGCCAUCAUGGGUCCAAGUGGUGCCGGAAAAUCCACUUUUCUUGAUGCCUUGGCCGGCCGGAUUGCUCAAGGUAGUCUUGAAGGUUCUGUACGGAUCGACGGGAAGCCGGUAUCAGCUAGCUACAUGAAGAUGAUAUCGUCCUAUGUUAUGCAAGACGAUCAACUCUUUGCUAUGUUGACGGUUUUUGAGACGUUCAUGUUUGCGGCGGAAGUCCGCCUUCCACCGUCGUUAUCCCGGUCGGAGAAAAAAAAACGGGUGGUCGAGCUGCUCGACCAGUUAGGCUUGACAAGUACGGCACAUACGUAUAUUGGUGACGAAGGGAGGCGAGGCGUCUCCGGUGGUGAGAGGCGGCGGGUGUCAAUCGGGAUCGACAUUAUCCACAAGCCGUCGCUUUUGUUUCUGGAUGAACCGACAUCCGGGCUCGACUCGACUAGUGCAUUUAGCGUUGUUGAGAAGGUUAAGGACAUUGCUCGUAGCGGGAGCAUUGUCCUUAUGACGAUCCACCAACCUUCGUUUCGGAUACAAAUGCUUCUUGACCGCAUCACAGUUCUAGCGAGAGGAAAGUUGAUAUAUCUAGGGAGCCCGAACGCGCUAUCCGCGCAUCUUGCAGGAUUCGAACGCCCCGUGCCAGAUAACGAGAAUAACAUCGAGUACCUCUUGGAUGUUAUCAAGGAAUACGACGAAUCCACCAUCGGGCUCGACCCUCUCGUGAUGUACCAACGCGAUGGGCUCAAACCCGAUCAAGUCGCUCAGACUCCUAUUCCAAAAACACCAAGAACUCCAUACGGCAAAACUCCACAUAGCCAAAAGCAUAUCGCCCUUCGCAGCCUUCAGUUUUCAAGCACCAGCACCACCCCUCGAGCCAAUUCCACCACGUUCGACUACCACGAGGGUGAAUCCGAAGACGAGUUCGACAAUUCCCGGGAGCGUAAAAUGGCGAAUACCCCGAUGAACAUGCAAAGCGGAGCUUAUAAUCCACGUUUAGCUUCGCAAUUCUACAAAGAUUUAUCGGUAUGGAUAUACCAUGGUGUAAAGGGUACUCCACAUCGUGCACCAUCAUGGACUCCGGCGAGGGGUAGUACCCCUGGACAAACUCCGGCGGGAAUGACACCAAUGUCUACAAGCCUGAACCGCCACCGGAUCAAGACACCGGUGUUCAGUCCGGCGUCAGAUUCAUAUGUAUCAUACGAAAAUGCGUUGGAACCAGAAGUCCUGGAUGAACCUGACCUUGGACCAAAGUUCGCAAACCCAUGGCUACGUGAAGUUAUGGUUCUUUCAUGGCGAACCGCACUAAAUGUGGUUCGAACCCCCGAACUGUUCCUUUCUCGAGAAAUCGUGCUAGCCGUUAUGGGUCUAAUUCUAGCUUCUCUUUUCGAGAAUCUAAGCCACUACGACUUCAAAACGAUCAACCGUCUUCUGAACUUCUAUAUCUUCUCCGUUUGUCUGGUUUUCUUCUCCUCCAACGACGCCGUUCCGACCUUCAUCCAAGAACGAUUCAUAUUCAUCCGUGAGACCUCCCACAACGCCUACCGAGCCUCCUCUUACGUCAUAUCAUCGCUCCUCGUCUACCUCCCGUUUUUCGCAAUCCAAGCUUUUACAUUCGCCGCCAUAACUCUGUUCAUUCUCAAACUAAACAGCAACCUAUUCAACUUCUGGAUCAUCCUUUACUCGUCGCUCAUCACAACAAAUGCUUACGUCAUGCUCGUCAGCGCGUUGGUCCCGAGUUACAUCACCGGCUACGCGGUGGUCAUAGCCACAACGGCGCUGUUUUUCUUGACGUGUGGUUUCUUCUUGAAAGCAUCACACAUCCCCCCGUACUGGAUCUGGUUACAUUACAUAUCGGCGAUCAAAUACCCUUUUGAGGCGAUGUUGGUAAACGAGUUCAAAGGCACCCGUUGUUACACCGGAGACUUCUCGGAGUUAUCGCCGGGACCUCUCGGAGAAGUGAAAAUCAGCAAUUUGCAUAAGCAUGAGCUCACGAAGCAAGGCGUCGACUGUUUGUUGAUCGGAGAAGAUGUGUUGACAUCGAUGGAUAUAAAAUGGGAAAACGUAUGGUAUGAUAUCGGGAUCUUGUUGCUUUGGGGGGUUUUGUAUCGUGUCUUGUUCUACGUCGUUCUGAGAUUUUACUCCAAGAACGAAAGAAAAUGA